AUGAAGUUCUCUACCUUCCUUAUCGCCGCUUCCGCCGCAGUCGUUUCUGCCCGCCCUAGCCUUGUCUCUACUUUCGGUGCAGAGCGCGCUGCCCUCGCCAAUGAGACUGCUCCUAUCGCUACCCCCGGUCUGGAAGAUGGCCGUGAAGAGGAGGACCGCGAGGAGCUCGACCAGGAGAAGGAGAAAGAGAAGGAACGUCAAGAACAAGAACGAGCCGACCGCGAACGUGAGGAGCGUGAGCGACAGCAGCGCGAGCAAGAGGACCGCGACCGCGAACAGGAAGAGAAAGACCGUGAAGACCGAGACCGAGAGGAGGACCGCAAGGACGAUCGCAAGGAGGACCGCAAGGAUGGUGAGCUUGCUUUCGGUCAGGUUGAUCUCAACUACCUCCUCAAGGUUAACGAGCUCGACCUUGUCAAGCUCCAGACCCUCAGUAUCAAGAACAACUUCGAUGUCAAUGUCUUCUCCGAUCUCUUCGCCGCCGAUGAAUUCAGCAUCAAGUCUCUCCUUGAGCUCCAGCAGCUGUCCACCAUGCUCGCCAUUGCCGAGACUGGAAUCUUUGACCAGUUCGAGCUUUCUGGCCUCCAGCUUGGUGGUCUGAACCUUGGUCUCAUCGACGGUAUUGGCGGCCUCGACCUCACUCAGUUCAUUGACGCUGCGGCGAGACCCAAGAUCACUGUCAUCGCUAAGCAGGUCGUCAAAGUCAAGAACACCGUUGUCCUCAACCACAAGAACUAG